AUGUCGGACCCUUCGAGACACCCAAACUUCCCCGCCAACUUGUCGAUCGGACCAUCGAGACACGCUAAAGCAGAACAAAGCGUAGACGAUUUCGAGCAGGAUGACGCGAUUCAAUCCUAUGGAAUAGCUGGCAGGAUCUGGGAUGCUUCUUAUCCCAUUUUGCCAUAUCUGAGCAGACCAAGCGCUCUCGUAAUCAACCAAUUCUCUCCCGCAUCGACGAUUUUUGCGCAAUCGGACAGCCCAUUGGCGGAUGACGAAAGUCCUGUGACGAUUUUGGAACUAGGCUCUGGCCAGUCCAUGGCUACACUACAUCUUCUGAAUCAGUUUGCGGGAGGACAAGACAACCCGCCUCCAGCCGAUGGGCAGUCUCUUCCCAAAGUCUUCCUGAGCGACCUCCCAGAUGUCAUACCGCUCUGUCGACGGAACGUACAAAAAUGGCGAGAUCAACACGAGCGACAAGCAGGAGUCGCGCAAGUCGAGGUAGACGUCGUACCCUUGGCAUGGGGAGAUCUAGAAAUGGGCGGUCAACUUGCACGACAGCUAGCGUCGGAGAAGAGAUCUCUGACACACGUGCUCCUGAUCGACCUGGUCUAUUUCCCACAUCUGUAUCCGCUACUACUUCGUUCCCUGCUUCAAGUCACGAUGCCUCCUUUCGGCAAAGCGUCCGAAUCGAGGGAUGACACGGUCGGUGGCCCAGAGGUCAUACUUUCCUACAAAACGCGUUCGCUCGAGUUUGAGGAGCCCUUCUUUCAUGCGCUGGGCCGCUACUUCCGGGUUCAGCCUUUGCUCGUUCAGCUCGAAAAGAACAAGGAGGUAGCAGGACAAGUUGAACCGCAACUCGACCAUUCCAACGACCGUUCCGAAUGGUCAGUUCAUGGCGUCGGAGAUGAGACCUAUACAUAUAUAUGUCAUCGGUGGGCGUCUACGCUAGCAAGCGGUUGGGAAAUUCCGGCUACGGAUUCGGCCUUGAUGUAUGGAGCCAGUAAGGCGGGCGACUCUGGGGGGACAGAGCUCUUGGCCAGUGAGAAACAUGCUCAGGAUCGUACCUGGGGAUGGGUGGAGAAUCAGUUGGCUGCUAUACAGUGGGACUGA